CGCAGGUUGCGGAUAGCGAACGGCCUGCCCGCCCGUGUACGGGCAGGUUAGCUGUGAAUAGGCGCGAGCGACUUGUUACCUCGUUGCCAAUAAACAGCCCCGGACAGCCAGCGGGUGAGGCGGAUGUGAACGCCUUGUCGACCAGGCGCUUGUGGGGCCGCCUGUCAAAGCAUAGCCCCACACACACGCGCGCACACACACACACACACAUACACCCUAACUAACACACUAAUCCAUUAAUCCAAUCCUAUUCCCCAUCAUUAUCAUCUCAUCUCAUCUCAAUCCGGGCCGGACUAAGGUGUCAUUCGAACCGUGCUGAGAGUCGGCCAGGCUGGAGGCCCGGAUUAACAAAUAGUUCAGUCGCAAACGGCGGGCUCAGGCAAUUGGCGACCGCCUGUUCCAAUCAGCCUUACCCGGGCACUGCGGAUCUCUGCCCGGGCGGACCGUUUCUUACUCCGCCACUCGUGGGAAUCACUAGCAAUAUGUAUAACAGAAACUUUAAUCAAAACAAUCCAACAACAAAUCAAAACCAGAAUCACAACCGAAUGCCGCAGAAUUUCAAUGCGCUCGAAGGCUUCAAUUCCAUGCGGAAUAUGCCGCCAAGACGCGAAGAUUUUGGCGGGCAGCAGCAGCAGCAGCCCAUGCCGCAAUUGGGCAUGCAACAAUUCCCGCCGAAUCAACAGCGCAACCAAAGCCAACAACUUGGCAUGGGACCGGCGCCCAUGUUCUUUCAAGAUCGCUUCAAUAACAACAGUUCCCUUCCACAUAGCAUGCAGAGACUGCCGAGUGGACAGCUCUUUCAAAACCAGGGUAAUCUCACCUGGCCAAACCGAGAUCCUGCAAUCUCUCAGGAGCAAUUCAAUCGCAGUCCGUUGGAUGCCCCACAGGGCAAUGGAAGGCAGUUCAAUCGCAGUCCGGAUAGGGGGCAGGGACCUCUACGCGGCGGGCAGCACAAUUCCAGCCCGGAGAGACCUUUGGAAAUGCUGCGCGGGUCGAUUAACAUCAGUCCAGAAAGGGGACCGGGACUCUUGCGCGGCCCGUUCAACAACAACUCAGAGGGCGGGCGGCCAGGCGUUCUGCGCAGGCUGUUAAACAAGAGUCCAGAGAGAGGAUUGGGAUUCCUAAAUGAACAGCAGCCGUCCAAUCGCAGUCCGGGCAGAAACCCGGACCUCUAUCGCAGGCAGCACAGUCGCAGUCCACACUGCGCAAGAGAAUAUAGCGGAGGACGGCGUAGCCGUAGUCCGGUUCGUGGCAUGCGACGACUGUUGUCUCUGUCGCCUCCACGUAGACAGGAUAGCCCAUAUCACGGCCUGUCCAGAGAAUUGUCGCCGCCGCCGCAGCAAUUCCGGCGAGAUCUCAGCCCGGGGCCUAGACGUAGCCCAUUGCCGUCACGUGGCAAUGGGAACAAUGCCGGCACCUGGCGUCCCAUGGUGAAUCUCAGCAGGCCGCAGAAAAGGGAGUUGAGCCGUAACGAAAAUGAAUUGAGACGGCAGCGUCAGAAACGCGAACCGAAUAUAACGUCACCGGGACAACCCGGUGGCAAGGGUGAUCCAAACAGAAGAAACCUGAGCGGAUCGCGCACCAAAUGGUAUGUGCGCUACCUCAAAAAGGGAUUUCAUCCCGAUGAAGCCUUGCGCAUGGCCAGGGAGCCUGUGCAGCCAGCAGCCAAUUAUCUACGGGGUCCCGAUUUGCCUGCUGACGAACAGUUGCCGUCCUGCGAGAGUCCCCGCGAAGAUUUCGCGCACAAUAAUGAGCGCCAUGCUUUAAGUAGAAGUCCUGAAAUGGAGGAGCGAAACGAAAGGAAUCCCAACGAGAUGACGGUAAGCCUAAUGCCUGUCGGCUAUCCAAAUGAGAAGCUGAGCCAUCAGGAAAAGUUGGAUCUUGAGGAGGCCAUACUGCAGGAGGUCGUCGCGGCUGGCGCCACUGCGGCAGCUCCCUUGCGUUUUUCCAGCAUCCAUUUUAAGGCGGGAUUCCUGAAAGUGGACUGUUCCAAUCAAGCCACCGCCGAUUGGCUAGUGCAUACCGCCGAACACAUAUACUCGUACAAGGGACGUCCUGUCGUGCCAAAGCUGGGUGAUCCAAAGUCCAAGUUCUUCUACAUUACGAUUUUCCUGCCACGCAGCGAAGGCAAAUCCGAGGAGUUUCUGCUGGGUCUGAUUAGGUCACAGAACAAAUACAACACCGAUCUCUGGAAGGUAGUCUCACGCAAGGCCCAGGCCGGCGGCACCCUGCUCGUCCUCAGCAUAGACAAGACCAGUGCCACUGAUAUAGCUGCUAACGAUUAUGCAAUCUUCUAUCGAUACGGCACGGUUCCUGUGCGUGGGCUGCGUAAGAGAUUUGGUGACAAGUCGCCGCCGCGACCCUCUAAUCGUGUCGCAAGAAAUUCCAAAGCCAAGCCGUCGAAACCUGUUAAGCAAGAAACCAAUGCCACCCCCCAAAAGGCGAAUCCUGUUGUGAUGGAUAAUCCAGUGGAGGAGCCUGAGGAUUCGCCGCUUUGCAUUAAUAUCGCAUCCGAUGACGAGGGCGACAACUGAAGCUUAUUAGCAUUCUAUUGGGUGACUUAAGAAGCAGAUUGCAGAAACUAUUUCAAUAAACCUCUCAAAAGCAAUUUCA